AAAGGUUCGCUUUUUUAUGAAAUAUUUACCACACGCUGAGAAACAAGUCAGUAAAGUCAACCAAAAGCUCAUGUCUUCAGAAAUGCCAGCAGAGAGUCCAGAGGAGCCAACAGAAAAUACGGUGCCCACAGAGGUUCCUGAUGUGGAAGGAAAGGUGAAACCCAAUGAUGGUCAAGUAGAGAACCAGGAGGCAGGCCCAGACAAGGCACAAGGUCUUGAAGCCAUGUCCAAGAAGCAAAGGAAGAAACUGUUGAAGCAGCAACAAUGGGAAGAACAGAAAGAUUUACGCAGGCAGAAACGAAAAGAAAAGCGCCAGAAGAGAAAGCUAGAGCGUCAGUCAAAACUGGACUCCAAUAAUGAAGGGAACGACAGGAAGCGUAUGCGCAAGGAAGUGGUUCCGAGUACGCUUCGCCUCAUUGUGGACUGCAGCUUUGAUGACUUGAUGGUGCUAAAGGAUGUUAAGAAGCUUCACAAGCAAAUUCAGAGAUGUUAUGCAGAAAACCGCAAAGCAUUUCAUCCUGUGCAGUUUUACUUGACCAGCCACGGAGGACAGUUGAAGAACAACAUGAAUGAAAAUGACAAAGGUUGGGUGAACUGGAAGGAUAUCCAAAUUAGAACAGAGCACUACAGUGAGCUAAUAAAGAAGGAAGACCUAGUAUAUCUUACCUCAGAUUCCCCAGAUGUGCUUAGUGAGCUUGAUGAGAUGAAAGCCUAUGUCAUAGGAGGCCUGGUGGAUCACAAUCAUCACAAGGGAAUUACUUACAGAAAAGCAGUAGAGCUAGGAAUUGGUCAUGCUCAACUCCCUCUUGGAAACUUUGUGAAAAUGAACAGUCGAAAAGUGCUAGCGGUCAAUCAUGUUUUUGAGAUCAUCCUUGCAUACCUGGAGAAGAGGGACUGGAAGGAAGCCUUUUUCAGUGUCUUGCCACAGCGGAAAGGGGCCAUUCCUUUGGGAGAAGCCAAUGAUUCAUCCAAACAUACUCCAUCUGAAAAAGAACAUGGAGACAGUGACUUGGACAGCAACUAAGGCUUCAGAAUGAGAUGGGGAAAAAGAGACAUUCUAUUCAUGGGUAAAAUUGGGACACAAAGUAGUUAAACCCUGAAUACCAUCUGCUGCCCUCAUGAUACUGAAUUGUGUCAAUGCUUAGUAGCUACAUUGCUGGCCCU